CUUACUGCAUCACACCUGAAUAAUCCACCUGUGUUUGCCAAACUGGGAGAAACUAUUCAUAUGUCUUGCUUUUACCAGAGCCAAAUGGCAAUGCACUUCUCAUGGUACAAACAUGAACUUGGAAAGAAUCCCAGGCUCAUCUCCACCAUAUACAAGUAUGACAACAAAGCUCGGUUUUACCAUAAAUUUGAAAAUAGUUCACGCUUCUUUGUGCAGAAUGACAAGGGCGUGCAUCGUUUGGUGAUAAGAAACAUACAGCUCUCAGACUCUGCAACAUACUACUGUGGAAUCGCUUAUUCCAAUGUAAUGGAAUUUGUCGAAGGGACAGAGUUGAUAGUUGAAGGGGUGAAAAGCUGCACUGUUGUAAAUCAACCUGCAUUAAUUCCAUCACAUCAUGGAGAUUCAGUGAGACUUACCUGCACAGUUUUAAAUCAGAACUUUGUGGGAAACAACAGUGUGUACUGGAUUAUACAGGAAUCAGAAAAAUCUCACCCAAGAUUAAUUGGCGCACAUGGAACGAGUAUUGGUCGGUGUGAGUGGAGCUCUGAAGCUGGUCUUAGAGCAUGUCGAUGUGUCUACAGCUUCUCUAAGAAAGACCUCAAACUUUCUGAUUCUGAGACUUAUAAGUGCACUGUUGCUGCAUGUGGGGAGAUACUGUUUUGGAAUGGCAUCAAACUGGACAUUAAAGGUGCUGAUUCAACAGAACAGAUGAUGACUUUUGUAAUUCUUUCCAUUGUAAGAACAUUACUUAUUUUAAUUACAAUUGCCACAAUUACUUUUUGGUACUGCAUGAAUUCAAAAAGAAUUUCACACCAUGGGUCUUCUCCACCUGCCAUUACUCUUCAAGAUAGACCAUCCAGACCAGAAGGAAGACCAGGUCUUUUGAUGAAAUCUGUUUCUGAUCAUCUGUAAUAUGUAACAUAUCUCUUCAAAUUCAUGUAUGAUAUGGAAUAAGCAAUGACAUAAUCUGAACCUUUUCAUUUUUGUUUCACGUAACAAUGUUCUUUCAUGACUGUCUCCUUAUUAGAAUAAUGUUAAGCCAUGUUUAUUUAUGUUUUAUGGGAGAAGUACAUGACUACCAUGGCAUUUCCUUUUUUCAAACAUGUUCUCAUGUCUUGCAAAUUAAUUAAAUUAAAUUAAAUACUUGAA